GAUGGUCUUUGUUGAAACCAAAAGAAGUGCUGAUUUCAUUGCAACAUUUCUCUGUCAGGAGAAGCUCUCUACUACAAGCAUCCAUGGUGAUCGGGAGCAGCGAGAGCGAGAGAAGGCUCUCAGUGAUUUUCGCACAGGCCAGUGUCCGGUGCUGGUGGCCACGUCUGUCGCUGCCAGAGGCCUGGACAUUGAACAGGUCCAGCACGUUGUGAAUUUCGACCUGCCCAGCAGCAUCGAUGAAUAC